AUGGCCCGAUCCGGCGCCUCAGACGCAGCAACCCCGCCCUCGUGGACUCUCACCUCGCUCCUACAGCGCGUGAAAGUCAAAGCCACAAAGAUGCGCUCCGUCUUCCUGGGCCCGGAGCAGAAGCGCUUCGCCGAGUCCCAGGCACGCGCCUGGGCCAUCAUCCGCCGGCACCACGUCGCGAUCGGGAAGGCCGCGGAGCGCAUGAUAGCCAUCAACUUCAGUGGCGAGCCCCAGCGCCAGCCCCCGCACGACGUCGGUGCAGCGUCCAAGGAGAUGAAAACGGAGAUAGUGCAACCACCGCGAAGCCCCCUCAGCCGCCUCGAAAGCCUACCCGAGGAGAUCCACAUGCAGAUCAUGCGGCUGCUCGACCACGAGAGCCUGUACCGCCUGAGCCAGACCACGGGCCAGUUCCUGCGGCUGUCGUUCGACAGCGCGUUCGAGGCCGACGCGGGCUGGCGGGCGUUUCGGCACACGGCGGACUGCUUGGGGGAUGGGCCCCGGAGGAGGAUUGUGGAUGGGACGGGACAGGCGCAGGGGACUGCGGCUGAGGUCAAAGGAGCUGAUUAUUCGGGGCUUGAUUCUUGUCCGGAACGAUGGAGGCGGAAUGAGGAUGCGGUAGGAUUCGAUGGGGAAGGCUCGAAGCCAAAAUCUGGCUUGGUCAGGUCGGAUGAAGACGGGGAUGAAGGGGAGACGAUGCUGGAGUUCAUGGCGAGGCAGGGCCGGGGCUGA